UGGUACUAAGUACUGAUUAAGAUGUCUGUUCCAUCUGUCUCAAGACUUAUCACCCUGAUAAGUCUUUAGUGUAUUGACUAACGAUACAUAUGACAUAUAUGGAUGUAUUUUAUGUUACUCGGAAAACAUACUUGAUCAUGUGACAUCCUACAUUAGGCUCAUCACCCAUUAGUUGCUUUUUUAACAUUUUAAGUUUGUUACACGAAUGAAGAGUUGAAAGAUUAGGGAAACGACUAAGAUCUUCACAGUGGAUAAUGAAAAAAAUAAAAGAGCUACUAUGUAUUAUCGCAAUUUAUAUUUAUCAAGUCAGAAGCGUGGACGAGAGAGGAUGCAAAGGCUUAAUGGAGUUAGUGGUCAUUAUAGACGGGUCGGACAGUAUCAAUAAACCCGAUUAUGAUUCCUUAAAAUCCUCAAUGGCCACCUUAGUGCAAAAAUUAGACAUUCAAGAAACAGAAAUCCGCAUAUCGUUCAUUGUCUUCAGUUCAGACAUUGCAUUGGAGACAGACAUGAUGGGGGACAAACAACAGGCGAUAAACACAGCCGCCACAUUACCCCACCCCAGGGAUGGGACCAAAACAUGGUUGGCACUGGAGGCAAUGGUAGGAGUUAUAGAUAGAGGUCGCACCCCAGGCCGCAAAGAUGUGCCUGUAGUUGGCGUGGUGCUUACUGACGGAAUAUCAAAGGAUGAAGCAAAAACCAGGCAAGCUGCCAAAGCUUUAAAAGACAUGGGAGUGACAAUGUACGCUAUUGGUGUAACAGACAUCAAGAAUAAGAAAGAACUGAACGAUAUAGCCUCAGGGAGUGAAAAAGUCAUCACUUUCCAAUCUUUUUCCGAGUUGGCAGAGAAAUUGGAAUCUCUUGUAAAACUUGUCUGUCCUAAAUGUCCUCCAAAUCCCCUUCUUGCACACUCAGACACCCAACAAGGAGACUACAUUGUGGACACAGUGUUGGAGUAUCAUUGUAUGCCGGACUAUGUACCAGUGGGAAAUAACACCAUCUUGUGUCAAAGGGAUCUUACAUGGACAAAACUUGAUUAUGCCUGCAAAUCUGACUGUGGCGCUCCUCCUGUUUUGGAUCAUACAAUCCUGGAUAUACCAGGCAGACUUGAAGGAUCAAAGACAAAGUAUCAGUGUACCAGAGGAUCUGUUCUAGAAGGAACACCAGAAACUGUCUGUCAGGAAAACGGACAGUGGUCCAGACCCACCUUCAAAUGUCGAGCCGACUGUGGAUUGCCAAACAUCAUAAAACAUGCUAUACUGAGUGACGGAGGUCAACUAGAGGGUGACAAAAGAACAUACACAUGUGAUGCAACAACCACUGUACAAGAAGGAAACCCCACCAUAGUGUGUCAGAAUAAUGGAGAAUGGUCCGUAACAGACCUUUACUGUAGACCUAAUUGUGGUUAUCCACCCAAAAUUGAACGAGCUACGAUAUCCGCUGGUGGAUUAUUAGAAGGUGUCACACGUACAUACACCUGUAACGUAGGUACAGUCACAGAAGGCAAAACAAUGAUAACAUGUGGUCCCGACGGAAAAUGGUCUGCCACCAACCUUUACUGCAGGCCUGAUUGUGGACCACCACCAAAUAUAGAACGUGCGAUAAUUAAAGAACACAACGUGGUUAUAGAAGGCGUCAGGCUUCCCGGUACACUGGAAGGAGUCACGAGGUACUACCAAUGUCAACCAAAUACUGUGGCCGAAGGACUGACCAGUACUACCUGUCAGCUGAACGGACAAUGGACAGUUACCAAUCUUUACUGUAGACCUAAUUGUGGCAAUCCCCCAACCAUUGAGAGAAGUACCGUGACUUUUGAGGGAACACUGCAGGGUCAUAGCGCCACCUAUACUUGCGUACAAAAUACUCACACAGAGGGAUCCACAAAUAUCGUCUGCCAAAUUGAUGGAACCUGGUCAUCCACUAAUCUUUUCUGCAGACCCGAUUGUGGGCCACCACCGGUAAUCGAACGAUCCAUAAUUUCUCCUGGAGACAAUAAGCAGGGAACAACAAGAACGUAUAGUUGUCUUAGCAGUACUGUUAUGGAAGGAAAUCCAGCAAUUACUUGUGGAAUGAAUGGAAUGUGGUCACAAACAAACCUAUACUGUCGCCCUGACUGUGGACCACCACCAAUGGUUGAGCGUGCCGUAAUCUUAGAUUACAAUAAGGUCAUAGAAGGUGUACGGCUACCUGGAACUCUAGAGGGAGUAACUAGAUAUUACGAAUGUCAAGCAAAUACCGUUGCUGAGGGACUGACCAGUACAACUUGUCAAGUGGAUGGAACAUGGUCUUCUACAGGAUUAUAUUGUCGACCUAAUUGUGGUAAACCACCAGUUAUUGAAAGAAGUACCGUGACUUACGUCGAAACAUUGGAAGGACAAACAGCUACCUACACGUGUGCACAGAACACAAGAACAGAGGGCUCCACAACGAUAACGUGUCAAAACGACGGAACCUGGUCAUCUACUUCUCUUUAUUGCAGACCCAAUUGUGGACCACCACCAAUGAUACUUAGAGCCAAGAUUUCCAAAGGCGAUACAUAUGAGGGAACAGUAAGAACAUACACAUGUAUGAGAAACACUGUCACGGAGGGGACACCAACCAUUACUUGUGGCAUUGAUGGACAGUGGUCAAAGACAAACUUGUACUGCAGACCGGACUGUGGUGAACCUAUGAAGAUAGAACGAGCAACCAUUAACCAAGGGUCAACACUCGAGGGAGAUGUCCGGACAUACACAUGUAACCAGCAAACUGUCACAGAGGGGGAAACUCGGAUAACGUGCUUAGAAUCUGGAUUCUGGUCAAAUACAAGUCUUUAUUGUCGACCGGAUUGUGGAGAACCUCCAUUGAUAGACAGAGCCAGUUUGGAUGUAGGAAAGACUGUAGAGGGCGUCAUCAGAACGUACACCUGUCAGGUAAAAACUGUGACGGAGGGGUCCAGAGAGAUCAGAUGUGAAAUCACCGGUCUCUGGUCAACGAGCAACUUGUAUUGUCGACCGGAUUGCGGACCACCUCCAGUGAUUGAAAGAUCAACUGUCUCCGUUGGAAACAAUUUACAGGGAACUACUCGAACAUACGCUUGUGAUCAGAACACAGUAACGGAGGGGGAGACUUCAACAGAAUGUCAGAUAGAUGGAACCUGGUCCCAGAUCAAUCUCUACUGCAGACCGGAUUGUGGAGAGCCUCCUUUGAUAGACAGAGCCAGUGUUGAUGUAGGCAAGACAGUAGAGGGCGUCAUCAGAACGUACACCUGUCAGGGUAAAACUGUGACGGAGGGGUCCAGGAAGAUCAGAUGUGAAAUCACCGGUCUCUGGUCAACUAGCAGUCUGUAUUGUCGACCGGAUUGCGGACCACCUCCAGUGAUCAAGAGAUCAACAAUUUCCGUUGGAAACAAUUUACAAGGAACAAUCCGAAGGUACACUUGUGAUCAGAACACAGUAACGGAGGGGGAGACUUCAACAGAAUGUCAGAUUGAUGGAACCUGGUCCCAGACAAAUCUCUACUGCAGACCCGAUUGUGGUGAUCCUUAUCCAAUUCCACGCGCCAUCAUAAGUGCUGGUUCCAAUUUGGAAGGGUCUAGCAGAAUCUACACCUGCAAUCAAAACACACGCACAGAGGGAGAAACUACAAUAAGAUGUGAAGAAACCGGAUUGUGGUCCCUGACCAACCUGUACUGCAGACCCAACUGUGGUGAACCUCAACCAAUUCUACGUGCCACCAUUAGUGCAGGAGGGACCCACGAGGGCGACAAGAGGAUGUAUACUUGUAACCAACAAACAGUAACGGAGGGAAAUACUGAAAUCCAUUGUCAGCCUAACGGACAAUGGUCCACCACCAAUCUCUACUGCAGACCCGACUGCUUAGAACCACCCAAGAUUGACCGAGCGAUUAUUAGCGUGGGUAGAACAGUAGAAGGAACCACUCGCACAUACACUUGUAAUCCAGGGAGCCACACAGAGGGCACCACCACUAUUAUAUGUCAACAAAGUGGAGCUUGGUCAGCGACUAACCUCUACUGCAGACCUGACUGUGGCAAUCCACCCAUUGUGGCAAGAUCGAGCAUUUCACUUGGCAACAACUUAGAAGGUACGACACGUUACUACACAUGCGCAGAAAAUACUGUGGCAGAAGGGCUUAAAGAGACAACUUGUCAGAUUGAUGGAACCUGGACGGUUACAAACUUAUACUGCAGACCAAACUGUGGAAUGCCAAUGAACAUCCCUAGAUCAACUAUAUCUCCUGGAAACACACUCGAAGGAACCGUCAGAACUUAUACUUGCGACGAAAAUACCGUAACAGAGGGACCCACAGAAACUGUCUGUCAGUUAAAUGGACAGUGGUCACUAACAGCAAUGGAUUUAUACUGUAGACCUGACUGUGGAGAACCUAUGCCAAUCAAUCGCGCGACAAUAGCGCCAGGAAGCAAUCUAGAAGGUUCCACCCGUUUCUACAGCUGCGCAUCAAAUACCGUAGCAGAAGGACAGCUUAACAUUAUUUGUCAGAAAGACGGAAUGUGGUCAAUGACUAACUUAUAUUGCAGACCCAAUUGCGGUAUCCCUGACACUAUACCUCGCGGUGGUCUUAAAUAUGAAUCAACCUUGGAGGGUGCAGUAGCUACUUAUUCCUGUGCCUCAAACACCGUACUGGAGGGUGGUUCUACAAUUGUUUGCCAGGGAGAUGGACGCUGGUCAAAUAUAACUACAUACUGUCGGCCAAAUUGUGGAGAACCUCCAAUCAUACCUCGCUCUACUGUGUCUGUUGGGGGCACACUGGAAGAAGAUACUAGGACAUACACGUGUGACGUUGGAACAGUCGCAGAAUCCGGACCCUCACAGAUUGUGUGUCAGAAAAACGGGCUCUGGUCAUCCACUGACUUGUACUGCAGGCCCGACUGUGGUGCUCCUCCAGUUAUUCCCAGAGCCACAAUAUCACCAGGUAGUAACCUGGAAGAGAGUAUAAGAGUGUACACAUGUGACGCCAACACCUUGACACAGGGUAUCAUCAACAUUAGGUGCGAUCGUAACGGACAAUGGUCAACUACCGACCUAUACUGCAGACCAAUCUGUGGAAGACCGCCGUUGAUAGAGCGGGCCUCCUUUUAUGCCAAUUCUACGGCGGAAGGAGGCGUAGCUUUGUAUCAGUGUAGUAACUGGACCGUCACGGAGGGAUCAACAUCCAUCGUUUGUCAAAAGAAUGGUCUUUGGUCAGAGACCGAUUUGUACUGCAGACCAAAUUGUGGUCCACCUCCCAAUAUUCCUAGAUCCACCGUACAACCAGGGGAUACAACAGAGGGUACCUCUCGAUUUUAUGUUUGCGAUAAAUCAACAAAAACUGAGGGAAUUACCGAAACCAAAUGUCAAAAAGACGGAACUUGGUCCAAACUAGACAUGUACUGUAGACCUGACUGUGGCGCUCCUGUUUCUGUGGAGAACUCUAAAACAAUUUACCCAACCUCUACGGUGGAGGGCACAAGACUAACACUGGAGUGUGUAGCAGGGACGGUAGCAGAAGGAAACAAUGAGGUGUUCUGUCAAAAAGACGGAACCUGGACAAAACCAACGCUAUACUGUAGACCUGAUUGCAAAAAGCCAUUCAUGAUACCAAGAGCAACAGCGCAGUACACUAGCACAUUAGAGCAAGCUGUUGUCGUUUAUGUUUGUAAUCAAGGUACAGUAAGCGAGGGAGAGAAUACCAGCGUUUGCAAACAUGAUGGGACAUGGAGUGACGUAAAUCUUUACUGCAGACCUGAAUGUGGACCUCCUCCAAAAAUACAACGAUCCACCAUUACCGCCGGAAAUUGGACAGAGGGAUCCACCUUGACAUACUGGUGUGAUGAGGGAACAGUGACGGAGGGAAAUCCAUCAAUCACGUGUCAGAGUAAUGGGCUGUGGUCCGAUACCAAUUUGUACUGCAGACCUGAUUGUGGUGUUCCAAAACUCAUUCAUCGUGCGAUCCUAUCAGAAGGUGACACUUUAGAGGGGAUAACUCGUACGUAUACAUGUACAGCUAAUACUGUCGCUGAGGGCAAAACGACGAUUGUGUGCCAGAAUAAUGGACAAUGGUCUUCAACAAACUUAUAUUGCAGACCAAACUGUGGUGCACCACCUAUGGUGGAGAGAGCCGUUGUGGACAUGGAUGGGUCGGCACUUGAGGGUGCCAUAAGAUAUUACGCGUGUAUCGGAGGAUCUGUGCUGGAGGGCGAAAACAGCAUCACUUGUGGGCAAGAUGGACGCUGGUCUGAUGUCAGAGUUUACUGCAGACCUAAUUGCAACCAACCUCCACCGGUACCCCGAGCCACUGUCGAUACCAGUACUGGUACUUUGGAAGGCAGCAUUGCUGUUUACACAUGUGACCGUAAAACGGUUCAAGAAGGCUUUGGGGAAACUGUUUGUCAAAAGGAUGGUACUUGGUCAAAAGUGGAUCUUUAUUGCAGACCUGAUUGCGGUCCACCACCAGUGAUAGCCAGAGCCAUACUACAGGAAGGCUUUAAUACCGAAGGAUCCGUACGUCAUUAUGUCUGUGACAAAAAUUCUGUAAAAGAAGGAGUGGGAGAAACUAUCUGUCAGUCAGAUGGAACAUGGACUCCAGCCAAUGUGUACUGCAGACCUGAUUGCGGAAUGCCACCAAGGCUCCCUAAUGCAUUCAUCGAGACACCCGGUGGACCAACAACUGAGGGAUCAGAAGUUGUGUAUGGAUGUGUGGAGAAUCACGUGGCCGAAGGUGACCCCUCAGUGUUCUGCACGAAAGAAGGACUAUGGACAGAUUCAUCUCUGUACUGCAGGCCCGAUUGUGGUUUGCCAGCAUUGCCCCCACGAGUCCUUCCGUUACCUGACGACGCAUACACACUAGAGGGCGCUGUUAUAACAAUGGUUUGUGACGACGACAAUGUUCCUGAAGGAGAUAAUACCUUAAAGUGUGGUGCUGACGGCCGAUGGUCGGUUUCAAACUUUUACUGCAGACCGGAUUGUGGAGCACCCCCAAAAAUACCACGAACCACUAUUAAGGGACUGGAAGGGGGUACACUGGAGGGCACUACUAUAAUGUAUAUUUGUGAUGAUAACACCGAUCCCUCUGGAACCCCAACAAGCGUGUGUGGUGAUGAUGGACUUUGGUCAGAAGUCACAAUUAAAUGCACAGCAAAUUGUGGAACCCCAAGUAACAUCCCUAGAGCCAUAAUUAGAGAAGGAUUGACGAGCGAAGGAGCAGUGAGAGUUUAUGAUUGUAAAGUUGGAACAGUAGCUGAGGGAGAUAACGCAAUCACGUGUCAGAGUAAUGGCCUCUGGACCAGGUCGGAACUCUACUGUAGGCCGGAUUGUGGUCAACCACGCGUGAUUGAACGAGCAACCAUCUCUCCUGGUGGUACGCUAGAAGGAAGCGUACGCACGUACACUUGUGAUGCAAAUUCGGAAGCAGAAGGAGAUACCGUCACCACGUGCAGAAAAGACGGAACAUGGACAACAAUUAACCUUUACUGUCGACCUGAUUGUGGAAAGCCACCUCCUAUCGCCAGAGCUACAGUCCGACCGGGUGACACUACUGAGGGGUCAGUCAGAACCUACAUCUGUGAUGCCGAUACGAAGGCUACAGGAGACUCAACCAUCACCUGUCAAAAGAAUGGAAAAUGGACAAUAUCUACACUCAACUGUGAAAUAUCGGUUGUCGUGCCACCUGAUCCUGAUCUACCUCCCGGAAUAGAUAUCUGUGAUAAAUGUUUAAUGAGGAAUGGGGUUGGCUUUGUUGGUCAUCCAGAACAUUGUUAUAAAUUUGUCCAGUGCUAUUUUGGAACAAAGGGGGAAACCCGUUCAGCGAUCAGAAGUUGUCCAUACGGACAAUAUUGGGAUCAGAAUGCUUUAACUUGCAAACUGGCCAAACAAGUUACCUGCUAUAAAGAAAAAUGUAGACUACCAGCUUUGAAAUCCUACGCCAUGCAACACGUACAAAAUUGUCGUGCUUACUGGAAAUGCAUCCUAGGAAAGUCCUACGGCAUGUGUUGCCCAGAAGGAAAGCGAUAUAAACCAUAUGUAGGAUGUAUCACGGAUUCCUCCUGUACCGAUGCCUGUCCACCGCUUUCAGCUGGGUUGGGAGCUUGUGAUUCACGGAUGAUUUUUGGUAACCCUGCCUUUUUUGAGCAGUACGUUCCUGGUCAUAAUUGGAUAAAAAUGCCGUGUCCUCCAGGAACUUCUUAUAAUGCUGCCGACUGCGCCUGUACUACACAUACUGAAAUCGAAACCCAGAAUAAAGUUUGCCGCCCAGAAGUUUACCUACCAUUUGAUACGGAUACCAAUGAUAAAUCCGGAAAUGGCGUAUAUAUACAAAACAAUAAUGUUUCGGUUGUUCAGGGCGUAGCUUACUUCAAUGGAGAAGCAGAGCUAGUUAUACCCAGAUUUUCGAAUUUUGACUACAAAGAACUUGUGAUAGCUUUCACUUUCUUGGAAACACCACCUUCCCAAGAGGUGACAGCUUUAGUCAGCAACAGUGACUGCUGUUCUUCAACGCCGACAUUGGCGAUGGUGAAGAGUUACAAAAGUGUGCACUUCUUAGCCAAAUGUAGUGGAGGACUAGUUACAACGUUUAGAUUACCAGUUCAUUUAGGAAAUUGGAAUAAGGUAUUUUAUAUUCAUGAUACGGAGAAACUAGAGGGACGAUGUAACGGCAUAGAUUAUUCAAAAUGGGCUAUUGGGCCAAUACAGUCAACACAUACAGCUAUACAUAUAGGUUAUGGAAGAGGUUUUAAGAAUUUUAAAGGAUAUAUGGACGAUGUGACUAUUUUCUUGUGCAAACCGAGAUAUAUAUAAAAUGAUUGAUUAUCCAAAUUGAUGAAAUCCAACACAAAUGUAAAAUUUUUAAGGGGAAAAAUCGAAUGAUUCUAAGUAUACAUUGUCUACCGGUGUGUACAUUCACGUGACUUUUAUUAGAGACUUACAGAGCUGUGCAAUACUUCAGGAGAGUACCUGUCUCGUUCUUUGGAGUAUAGAAAUAUUCAUGAUUAUAUGUAGAAGAAAUACCUUUUAUUCUUUGUUGAAAUCCAUUGUGUUUUAUUAAAUUAUUUACAAAAUAUA